ACAACUUGGUUGAUCAACAUAUACAAAUUGUUGUGUUUAGUAGUUUAAAAUAUAGGGUUUGACCUUCGCAUCGAGUUAAUAAACAUUAUUCAAAGUUUAAUCAAGUAAAUCAUUCUUUUUAAAUUAACAAAGAAAAAAUGAGUGAAGAUAAAUCAUUCAAUUUUGGAGCAGGUCCAGCAAAAUUACCUCGUGAGGUAUUGCGGGAAGUGCAAAAAGAAAUGCUCAGUUAUGGUGGUAAAAGCAUGAGUCUUAUGGAAAUGAGUCAUAGAUCUGCUGAAUAUUUGAAAAUCAAUAAUGAUGCGCAACAAGCUAUACGAGAUCUAUUAAAUGUUCCGAACAAUUAUCGAAUACUAUUUUUACAAGGUGGUGGUUCUGGUUUGUUUGCUGCUGUUGCCAUGAAUCUAUUAGGUAUUACUGGCGAGGCAGACUAUUUAGUAACAGGUACAUGGUCAUCAAAGGCCGCCAAAGAAGCUGAAAAAUAUGGAAAAGUGAAUUUGAUAUUUCCAAAAACAGAAAAAUAUCAAGAUAUACCUCACCCGAGUACCUGGAAAUUGAAUCCAAAUGCUUCGUAUGUGUACUAUUGUGCAAACGAAACUGUAGAUGGAGUUGAAUUUCAAUACAUUCCACCAACAAACAAUGUACCUUUAGUAGCGGAUAUGUCUUCUAAUAUUAUGACCAGAGCCUUAGACGUAUCAAAGUUUGGAUGCAUUUUUGGUGGUGCUCAAAAAAAUAUUGGUCCAUCCGGUACCACAGUGGUUAUUGUUAGAGAUGAUUUAAUAGGAAGUGCUAUGAAAAUAUGUCCUACUAUUUGGAAUUUUGCUUUACAAGCAAAGGAUAAAUCGGUUUUGAAUACUCCAGCAACUUUCCCAGUUUACGUAAUGGAAAAAGUAUUUCAAUGGAUAAAGCGUAAUGGUGGUGUUGAAGCAAUGGAAAGACAAGCCAUUGAAAAAUCUACAUUAUUAUAUAACACAAUCGAAGAUUCAAAUGAUUUUUACGUAUGUCCAGUAAAACCAAAUGCACGUAGUCGAAUGAAUGUACCAUUUCGAGUUGGUGGCCCUAAUGGUGAUGAUAAUUUAGAAAAACAAUUCAUUAAAGAAGCUGAACAAUUAGAAAUGUAUCAAUUACAAGGACAUAGAUCUGUUGGUGGUAUUCGUGCAUCCUUAUAUAAUGCAGUAACGUUAUUUGAUGUACAAACAUUAGUUAAUUUCAUGAAAGAUUUUCAGAACAGGUAUUCUAAACACUAAAAAUAUUUAGUAUUGUAUUAUUUAUUUAU